CAGGCUCUCCCAGGUCGUCAGUGAACGUCUCCUCAAGCACAGUAUCGACCAGGCUCAGGCUAGCUACGAUGCAGAUUUUCGUCAAGACCCUCACGGGGAAGACGAUCACCCUUGAGGUGGAGUCUUCCGACACCAUCGACAAUGUGAAGGCAAAAAUUCAGGACAAGGAGGGUAUCCCGCCCGACCAGCAGCGCCUGAUCUUUGCUGGCAAGCAGCUCGAGGAUGGCCGCACGCUGAGCGACUACAACAUCCAGAAGGAGUCGACUCUCCAUUUAGUCCUCCGUCUCCGUGGCGGUAUCAUUGAGCCCUCGCUGAAGGUGCUCGCAUCCAAGUACAACUGCGACAAGCAAAUUUGCCGCAAGUGCUACGCUCGUCUCCCGCCUCGUGCGACCAACUGCCGCAAGCGGGGAUGCGGUCACUCGUCGCAGCUUCGCCCUAAGAAGAAGCUGAAGUAGUGGUUUUCGCCCCUUCGCGUCGGGUUUUGCUGUGUCGAUGGUCCCCACUUACUACUCGCAUUCUGGGGAUUCUCCCUCACUCAUGUAUUCUCCAUAUGAUCCGCCAUCCAUGACAUGAGCUUUUUCCUCAGGAGUGCUCGACCCCAGCUUGGAAAUCCAUGGCAAGCUUGCGCAUUGCCCUUGCGUAGCGCCGAUGAGUUCACUGUUCGGCUUCCCAUGUCAUCACAUAUCAGCGCGCCGCAUCGCAGCGUAGGGACCCGCGGGAUAGCACAGUGCAUGCC